CUCAACCUCAACACAUGGCUAUGUUUGGCACCUCAGUGUCCGCCCUCUGUCUGCUGUUCCUGCUUACUUUAUGCACUGCCUGCUACAUCUCCAACUGCCCCAUAGGAGGCAAGAGAUCAGCACUAGCUUUCCCAUCCAGAAAGUGCAUGUUGUGUGGCCCCGGGGACAGGGGUCGCUGCUUUGGCCCCAAUAUCUGCUGCGGGGAGGGGAUGGGCUGUUACGUGGGCUCCCCCGAGGCAGCUGGCUGCGUGGAAGAGAACUACCUGCCCUCCCCCUGUGAGGCCGGAGGAAGAGUGUGUGGCUCUGAGGAGGGACGUUGUGCUGCACCGGGGAUCUGCUGUGACGUGGAGGGUUGUAGUAUUGACCAAUCCUGUACUGAGGAGGAUGAAGCCGAAUACAUAAGCCAAUCAGUGAGCAGUAGCCAUGGCCAUGAUCUGCUGAUGAAGCUUCUGAACAUGAUUAGCCACACCCCUCCCCACAGAGUCCACCAAUAAAACAGCCUCU